GAUAUCCUUUUUUUUGUUCUGCUCCAGGCAAAAGAAAACACUUAUACUUGCAUAUAGUCAAGAACUUCAACCGAUAUUUUCGCAGCUUUUCGUUUUUUGGUUCGUAGGCAAAUCUAAGUUCUCUGCAAUAACCUAGAAUUUUCUGUUUUUUCUCCCUUUUCCUUUGCACCAACAGCACAAAGAAGUAUUCACACCUACUUACUCGGUUGUUUACACUUCCUGUUGCAUGCUCCCUGCUUUUAGAGUUGAAAGAAUUUUAGAGCAAAAGAAGGAUCAUCACUUCUUCUAUUCUAGAUUAUUUGUAAUACCAAGUCCGCACCCUUGCUUAUCUAAUCAUCUAAGACCUUACUCCCCUCUUCAUCCGUAAUCGCGUUGUUUUCAAUUAUAAGCACCUUCUAUAUUAUAAGUUUUAAGAAUAGGUUAGUUAGUUACUCGUUCACUGUAUUUUCAAUUAAUCAUCUCGAUCUCUCUCGAACUCGAUAAUUCUAAUAUUGGUAGGCAUCGAAGUUAUCUCCAGCUGGAAAAUUUGAAGAAGUUCUAUCUGAGUAGAUACCAGCUACAGCUUCCACUAUUUAUUAAGAUUAGUUCUUCUAUUAGCAAGGAUAGUAAAAUUGAAAAACCUACAAUCUAUCUCAUACUCCAUUAUUAGAUACUACAACGACCAAUUACGACUAGGAGUGCUUACUUGAAGCAUUCUUUUACUCAAAGUCACUGGACGAGCAUACGGUAUAAAGAUAGGUCGUUUAACAGUGAAGAUGUUACGACGAAGCCAUCUGGUUCUCUUGUUUCCGCACCUUGGUAGAAGUGUGCUUGGCGCUGUGCAGCAAAAGGAACAUGAAGGUCAACCUGAAGGACAGCAAGAUGUUGAACAUAAUAUCUCGAGCUCCGCAAGCGAUAAGGUACUCGAAUUGCAAAUGGAGGGGAAGCUUCCCUUGUUGGGUAUGCUUCAGCAGCUGUCACGCUGCAAUUUCCAGUCUACAAACAUUAAGGCUUUCGAUAUUUUUUAGCUACUCAUUCUUUCUGAUUGAUUCAUUCUCAUGGAACCCCCAGAGGCACCCGCGGGUGUCAUUUGCUUCAUCGUUUGCGUAGUCGUAGCGCCUGACCGUUGUGCUUCAGGCUUCCCGCGGGGUAAUUAAAUGGAACUAUAGCGGGAAACUGUAGACCCAGGCCCCCCCAAAAAAAUGAUGCCGCCGUGUUGACCAUGAUGAAUGAAUGAAUGAGCUCUCGAUUUGAUAGCAAUGCUUGCAACUCCAUUCAAUAAUACUCACAUUCAAAGAUGAGAUCAUUAGAUCAUAAUUACACAAUCAAUCUCGAUGAAGGCGAUUUCAUUAUUCCACCAUUUGUUCCAUUCUCUAAUGUGAGGUUGGCUCGGGAAGGUUUACCUUUGACGCGAGAGCUUGGCCGGAUCGCACGUCGGGAGGUUACAAGCUUAACCGACGUUGCUGACGAUCCACCCUAUUUGCGAGAGCAUCCAGAAAUCGUUCUAGAGGCUUUUUUGAACGGAGCGUGCGAGUGGAAAGACGUUCCGUCGCAGCUGAAGGAAGACCCGUCUUUUUUUACGUCCGCGCUGAGACGCACAGCGAAUGUGAACCGUAAUGGCAUUCGGCUGCAGGUGCGUCCCGCGUUGCUGAAAAUCAUGCAGAACAGCGCUAAGCCUGAGGAACUUGUGCCGAAGAAUCUGUGGCCGACGUUUUAUAUGGAAAUUCUGCGACACAACCAGAAGAAUAGGGAAAUUUUCACCUUAGCUACUAACCAAGAUCGGCAACGCGAAGUAGGCGGACAAGGUGCUGCACAAGUCGAAGCAUGGAAGAUCAUUGUGCAUCCAGCCAUUCCGAAUUGGCAGAGUUACAGCUGGAAGGACGUUCCCGCGAAGAUGAGGGCCCAUCCCGCUGUCAUCGAAGUCGCCACCAAGAACAUCAGAGAACUUCUGUCCUCCAACUACGAUGACCGCACGUCUUUCGAUUUGUUCGAAAGCUUGCUAAAAUCAGGAAUAGAUCUAGAUCCCUCUUUUCGAGGCUCUGCGCGGACGCCUCCCGCACUACUUUUUGCUGCAGUCACUUUGCCAUCAAAUGUGGAUCAAGGGGAACACGGAGCAGCGACCCAAUACUACAAAUACUUGGAGUGGCUGCUGGAAAAGGUCUUACAGUGGAAUUCUUAUGUGCGUCUCGACUUGUGGCCAAAGAUUGUUGACUUCGCACUGGAACAUGACCACUUAUUUGCAAUGGAACAUAGUACUACAAAAGCAGAUUAUAGUCAGAGUCGUGGGCACCUGCUCCAGCGCAUGCUUAUCGGCUUUGAAGCUUUUCUCAAGUUAUCUGGGUACAACGCUGCUGCUCCUGAAGAUGAGCUCCUGUGGCCAAGAGGAGCUGGGCUAUCGGCGCAACAACAGAAAGACCUUCGUGCCCUACGACGUUCUGACGAUCUUCAAGAGGACGAUCCAGCAGCUGCAGGUUAUCUUCCCGAUUUGGCGUUGAAAAUCCUCAAAGCGGCUUUCCAGCAUCCAGAAGUUCUGCGCGAAAUGAAUGAUAGCGAAUUUCCUGCGAUCUUGAAAUCUUACGAUACCCUUCCACCUCAGCUGCGAAACAAUUGCGAACUCUGUGCGUUGGCUCUUGUCGGAAGCAAAGUGACGACGAACGCCUUGACCCUUUCCUCUUGGGGUGAAAAGGUACCAAACGCCUGUAGGGAAAAUCCCGAGGUUAUAGCAGCAGCGGUCAGCGUCGGUAUAAUUCCAGUCGACAAGGGACUGUUCGAAAGUAUGAUUAAGAACAAGGUUCCUUCCAUAAACGGCGUAAUCCUACUCGCCGCGGCCAAGGUGGAGGCAAUUCACGAGAGGCGUGGAUCAAAGUAUCAUCCACACUUGGAGUUCCUGUUGGGCAAUAUUCAUAAGCUGAACCCCGACGCGGCCCACUCACGUGGUCUCCAGCUCCACCCAGGUCUUGUUGACCUGUGGCCAGCGUUGGUCGACUAUGCACUAAAGAACGACACGGAGAAGGGGCACUUAUUAAUGUGGAUGCUGGUUGGCUUGGAGCAUUUUGUGGAGCUUGAGAAGAGCUAUAAAAAUUGUCCCGGUUGUGCUUUGAAAAUCGUGAAGGAGGCCUUCCGACGCCCUCUAUUUUUUAGUGCCCUCGAAAAAUUUCCACCGAUUUUAAACUCCUACACGAGCCUUCCCUCUCACCUACGCGACGAUCCGGAGUUGUGCGCAUUGGCCAUUGAUGCUUGGAACGUUCCGGAAGUGCGGCAUCUGGCACUUCUUUCCUGGGAGGACGUUUCGCUCCCUUGCAGAAAAGACCAACGUGUCAUAAAAGCGGCUCUUACGCAAGCUGCGACGUAUGUUGCGGUGUCGCAGAUGUCGCAGGAGCCUACUUUUGUCUAUAAAGAAGCGGCUGGUCCUCGCGCAAGAACUGAUAAACCCGGCUUUUCGUUUUACCGAUUCUUUCAGGAGACUAUUUCUACUAACUCGUGGGAGGGUUUAACUUUGACGCUCCAUGAUGAAGAACAAGCAGAGACGAACGUCGAUAUCAUCAAGCUGGAUCCUGAUUCUGAACAAACGUGCGUCGAAGCACUGAAAGUCGGAAUCAUUCCCGACUACCCGUCUGCACCACGAGAGUGUCAACAGUAUCCGGCAGUACUCAGAGAGGGCAUUUUUCUAGAAGAAAGGCAGAGGAAGAGCCAGAAAUUGGCGCCAUCAGUUUCUACAGGUACAGUUAUGGCAGGAGCCAUGCGGCCUAUCAUUUGGUCGUUGCAUGUGCCAGAGCCUCUCCGCAGCGAUGAGAUGUUGCGUCGUCAAGCUGUGGCUACGGGAAUCCAGAUGCACGACAAUGAAAUGAUCUAUGAAGAUCAAGUUUCUGCAGCAAGUGCGAUGAAAGUGGACGCUGAACAAGGACCAGCAUCUUCUUCGAAGAGACGUACAAAGGGUUCAAGAAGUGCAUCUCCGUCUAUGAAGAAGCUCAAAGGUGAUCGUGUAAAGCCGAAUUCGAAAUCGAAGGAGAAUCAAGGCACUAAUCCUCAAACUGGUCUACCUCGUCAGACGAGUCGUAGUAAUUUCCUUGCAAGAACAAGCGGACACUCUGUCACUUCUGUCUCUGCUUCCUCAGGAUAAAUGCCAUAACGUCGUGGCAUGUUCUUCAAAUGAUUCUUUUUUACUACAGUGAUUUAGAUUUCCAUCAUUAGACAUUGCUUAGAAUGUUGUCUGUCGUGGUGACUGAGUAUAUUUAAAUAUCAUCUAGUACAGAAUGGAGUAGCGGCUGCGUCUGCAGUAAACAUUUCAAUAUACUAUAGAUUGACCCUAGUACCUUUCAUUUUCUUCAUCACUUAUUUUAUUGCUUUGAGUAUUAUCAUAACUUCCCCAUGUAGUUCUUGAAUCUGCAUUUGCACAAGCACAACGAACUCGUCUCUCAUUCGUCACGAUGACAGAGGGUUCUUUCCGCAGGUACGAUUUAUUAUGUUUUACAGAGGAUCUGAUUGGUCGUCAUUGUCGUGAACGUAAUUGUGAUGAAUAAUAAAAAAUGAUCAUGAUUGCCUUGUAUAAAUGCUAUGAUAGUUCCAAGAUUGAAAUUAAUAUUGUUCAUCAAAUCUUCGCCGCCUUUAUUCCAGCACUAUGUAUAAGAUAGAAGUAGGACGUGGACCAAAUUUGAUUAACGGGAUAGACAAGAGUAGGUGAUGAAAACCAUGUAGUAUGGGCUUCCAUGUUUAGUAGAGAAGUUAUACUUGCAAAAGCAAUAUGGUAGUAUCUUGGAGGCUAUAUAUUUAUAAUUACCUUACGGUCACGUCCGCUAGACUCGGACCACCGCGCAUCGCCACUUGAUUGCUUGAUUGUUCUUGCUAUUCUUGCUGAUCUUGUUGAACAGACUGACACUGACAGAUGAAUUAUGAAAAGGAUGAACUUGUAUUUCUUCUAAGUAGAUCAAGAUGUACAGCAUUCUGGUUGGAUUGAAAUGAUCUCCUAACGCAGGAACAAAUGUUGAAGGGCAGGAACAAAUGUCUAAGGGUUGUUUAGCUUGAUUAAUUAAUGUUCUUCUUGAGUUCGUGUGUCCUCUGAGAAGUCGAAUCUGAAU